AUGGUGAAACGACCAGUCACCUACCCUGUCGCCGAUUCAUCUGCGCUCGUUGCCAUUCAGGUUCAACUUUCACAUGGUGACAGUGAGCGAAGCGAUCCAAUACAACCUACGCCUGCUUCCAUUAGAAGUCCCUCCGAGGUCAUUGGCCCUCGCGAAACUCCAAAUUUCGACCCGGAUGUACCAAUCCCUUCGAUCGAGAGAGAGCCUGUUUGCGCCUCGAACCUCCUUCCUCGCAGCAACUUAUCUGUGCGCCCCAGAACUCCUUCCUUUUCUAUCACACCUCCUGCGCCAGAGGGAACUACUACCCCAGUCCCUUCGGUUUCUGCGAGUCGUGGGACAAGUCCGACACCAUCCUCCACAGUGUCCGGCCUCAAUGAGCUUAUCAGAGACUUAGAGCUUUCUGGAGAGCCGGGGGAGCAUCCGACAUCGCAUAGCAGAUCUGAUUCCCUUGGGGAGCGUCAUUCCCAAACUUCUCCCACGACCUCCGCUGCUGGUCGAAGUUUUGUGGACGAUGUCACCCACGCCCUGAACAAUAUCAGGUUGGGCACAGAAGGUAGUCGGGCCGGCACCCCUACCCCAGAGACUUAUCUUAAUCCGCGGUCCCCAAGCCCCAGUCUACGCAUUGACGAUGCCAGUCGCAGUCCAAGAUCUGCUUCUCGCCGUCGGUCGAGCUCUUUUGUUGAUCCCGCCCCCCACAAUGUUGCGGAGGAAGAACCUCCAGCAGAGCCGUUCCACAAGCCAGAGUUCCAACGAGAGCUUGCCAAAGCAGAGAACCUUGUGAAGGAUCUGGUCAACAUUCUUGCCAGCUCAACACUGCACAAUGAAGCUCAGUCUCGCAUCAACGCCCUUCACUUGCAAGCCGUCGAUUUGAGCCGCUUCCAAAAGCCCUCAACUCGUAUUGUGGGCUUGGUAGGAGACGCCGGGGCUGGCAAAAGCAGCGUCUUGAAUUCACUUCUGGACUUCGAAGGGUUUGCUCGAUCGAGUGGUAGUGGGCGGGCGUGUACUUGCGUCGCAACUGAGUACCAUCACCAUGAACAUGAUUACUUCGCUAUAGAGAUGGAAUAUUUCACUCUCGAUGAGAUCUCCAGUCAACUCACCGAACUUUUGCAGUCAUACCGACACUUUCACCUCCGUACUGGUGAAGACGCCCAGGACGAGCAGUCGAAAGAUCUCAGGGAGAAAGCGGAGGUUGCUGAACAUACAUUUCAAGCAGCCUUUCGAGAUCACCUGGUGGACAAUGUACAACUCCUUAAGGAGGGGUCCGAGGAGACUGUGCUCCAGAAAUUACUCACAUGGACCAGGAACUCCGGUUUACCCCUAGGGGACAGGCCAGGUGCCAGCCCCAAAAGAGAGGUCUUCAAUGAAGCAAGCCAAUGUUCAGACCGCUUGAUUGAACUUACCUCUGAGCCAAAUUCUCCGAACCAACCUUCGACCUGGCCAUUCAUUCGAAAGAUCAAAGUCUACCUCAAUGCGUAUAUUCUGAGCAAGGGUCUGGUUCUCGUUGAUCUUCCGGGCCUUCGAGACCGUAACUCGGCCCGGGUCAAGAUAACGGAGAGAUACCUGCUUCAGUGCAAUGAGAUUUUUGCCGUCUGUCCCAUCGCUCGAGCCAUCGAUGACACUGGUGUAAAGGGGGUUUUCGAGCUUGCAAGAAGGGCUUCCCUGUCGAGGAUUGCGAUCAUUUGUACCAAGUCAGAAGAUGUUCGAGCAGAAGAAGUCAAGAAUGAUCACGGCCGAGAUGUCAGCGCGACCAUUGAGGGGUUGAAUCAGAAUAUCAAGAAAUUGAAGGCAUCCUUGGACGAGAACGAAGACGAUAUAAACCAGAUAAGAGCCUUCGACAGUGACACCGAAAAUGAAAUUGACAGUGAAGAGAGUCAAAGACUUGUCAAACUUCACACGGCCUCGAGAAGGUUACAAUUGAAGACUUUCAUUGUCACCGCUCGCAACGAGAAAGUCACCACAGAACUACGGAAAAUCUACCAGAGCCAGAUCCCUGGUGAUGACUUACCAGUUUUCUGCGUCAGCAAUUUUCUGUACUGGGCACAUCGAAUGAAACCAAAAGCGGGAGCCAUGCCCGCCCUGCAGCUCUCUGGGAUCUUGGAAGUCCGAAAGUAUUGCCUCUCCAUCGUCGCCCAGAGCCAGCUUCGGGCAGCCGUUGAGUACAUGAACAAUGCCAUCCCUGCACUACUGGGAUCUAUCGAGCUCUGGGUGCAAUCUGGCGCGGGAAGUCUAGGAGCUGAAAGGAAACAAGCUGUUCGAGACACUAUCCGAGGGAUCGAAAGCAAAUUAGACACGCUAAACCUGUCGGCAUCCCCUGUCAAUGCCAGCGCAUCGUCCAUGGAGAGGCAAUUCAACGCACAUAUAGUUCCUAAUGCUUUGGCAGAUCAAAAUUCCGACGACUGGAGUGAAGCCGCAGAAAAUGCGACCAUGGAAUGGCAAGGUUGGCAUCACAGUACCUACGCCGCUUUUUGUCGAAACUACGGCGAUUACAGCACAAGUUCGACAGAGAUUCGGCGCUGUUGGAAUCAGGAAGCUAUACAAGCCAUGGUCACCCAGAUGGCUACCCCUUGGCGAACCUUUAAACAGGCCCUGGAGGACUCGCAGGAGAAUCUGCUGAACAGGACUGAGGAUUGCUUCGAUGAGGCUAUAAUCCUAUGUGGUUCAACGAAUGUCCCGACACGCUCGCUACAGACCUUGAACGUGACCAUGACGCACAGAAAGGCCCUUCUCCUCUCCGCCAUGGAGGGACUAGUAGAGGACUUCCAGCGCGAUCUAUCUACGCUCCGAACGGCUGCAUUCUCUGGAAUUCGCACCUCGUUCAUUGGUCAGAUCAUGGAAUCGUCCUACCAGAGGACCAUGCUUGAAAAAGGUCGUGGAAGCGACAUGAGGCGCAAGACCAUCAUCCGAGACGGAUUCAGCGACGAGCAGCUCUUUGCAAAUCACUGCCGGAAAUUCCGCUCCAAAUUCCACCACCUCGCGCAAAGCCUGGAGGACGACAUGCGAAAGGCCGUCGCCUCGCACCUCGCCGUACUCCAGAGCGACUUUGAUACCGUGAAGGACGAGAACGUGGCCCUGGAGAGCGAGCGCCAUCCCGAGUUCCGCCAGCGACUCGAGACCGCGGUGCGCAACAUGAAACAGAGCAUGGAGCAUGUAAACUCGGUGGUUUCGCGUUUUGGCGGGUCUACCGCUUGA